AUGGCUGAAGCCAUCACCUAUGCUGACCUGAGGUUCGUGAAGGCGCCUUUGAAGAAGAGCAUCUCCACCUGGCUAGGACAGGACUCAGAGGCUUAUGAGGAUGGGGAACUCACCUAUGAGAAUGUGCAAGUGCCCUCGGCUCCAGAGGGGCCAGUGGGUAUGGCUCCCCCUGGAUUAGAGAACAAAACAGGGGUCAAGCCGGAGCCACCACCUGCGGCCUGGAGCUCCGUGACGUCAGCUGCCGCCGGGCGGGUCAUCCCCCGUUGUGCAGCCUACACGUGGUACCUCCUCCUCGGCCUGGUCCUCACCUGCCUGCUAUUAGGGGUGGCCGCCAUCUGCCUGGGAGUUCGCUACCUGCAGGUGUCUCAGCAGCUCGGACAAACAGACAGUUUUCUGGAAUUUACUAAUAGCAGCCUCCACAGGCAGCUCUACCUAAAGAUAACCCAGCUGGGGCACAGGGAAGAGGAGCUGCGGGGGUCGAGGGAGAAGCUGACCCAGAAUGAGAAAGCGCUGCAGGUGGAACAAGGGCUUCGCCAGUCCACUGAAAAGCAAUUACAGGCCUGUGAGUCUGAAAGGGAGAAAACACAGGAGACUUUGCGAAGGGAGGAGGAUCAGAGGAGCAACUUGGAGCAGAGGAUCAGCAGCAUGCAGAACACACUGAAGACUAUCUUCCAAUGUUCCCCACCAGAAAUCUGCUGCCCUGUAGGAUGGCUUCUGAGGAGAGAAAGAUGCUUUUAUUUUUCACCUACUCAGAGAACUUGGGAAGACAGCCGAAAAUAUUGUCAGUCUUUGUCCUCUGACCUGGCCGUAUUCAAAGAUGUUAACUAUUACCAAUGUGCCUAG